GGUUUGAAUUACCAGAAACCCUACUCCCUCUCUAGUCUUGUCUGCUUUCUCCAGAAACUUCUUUUACAGGCCCUAGAAGGAAAGAAAGAGAAAAAACGAUGGUGAGCGAUGUUGAAUCCAAGAAGAGCAAUGACAGUAUCAAGUUCUUGUGCAGUUACGGAGGCAAGAUCGUUCCUCGUUCGAUGGACGGGAAGCUACGUUACGUCGGUGGACUCAACAGAGUUCUCUCCGUCGAUCGUUUCGUUUCUUUUGCUGAACUGAUGGUCAAGCUCGGUGAGUUAUGCGGAUACUCCGUUACGUUGACGUGCCAGUUACCCGGCGGAGACUUGGAGACAUUAAUUUCCGUCAAAUCUGACGAGGAUUUGGCGAAUAUAAUUGAAGAAUAUGAUCGAGCUUCCUCAGGUUCAAAAAUCAGAGCCGUUCUUUCCCCUCCGAAAUCGCUCAAACAGAUUUCCCCUCCUCCGUCAAAUAAUUCCAGCAUCAACUUUUCUCCAACCAAACAGCCUUUCACGGCGGCCGUGAAUCAUCAGUACUUUGUUCCUCGGCGUUCUUCGCCGCAGUUCGGCUAUCCAGUUGGCGCUUACAGAGAGUGUUGCAGGGGGUGCUGAUCUCCUCGGCAUAUUCAGGGGAACUAUUGGAACCCUAAUUGCCAUAACAAUUACUGGCAUUGACGGAAAGAAUCCUAAAAGCUGGAGGACCACACAAAUUUAUACACAGACAACUACGUUGAACAAUUUAAUCAAAAAGCCUAAAAAAAGAGCUAAAAUUUUGGUGUUUGAGAUUUGUAUGUAUAUAGAGGGUAGUUUUGUUAAAUCUGGAAGAAUCAUUAUACAUAUGUGCCUGAUUCGGUGAUUCGCGGCCGUAUUCCUGUAAUUGGAAUCAAUUUUGCUGUUUGGGUUUCCGGCGGGGAUUCUAAUUCCGCCGGUUACACUCGGAAUUGCCGUCAGGGUUCCAUCAAUGGGGAAUUUUUUUUUUUAUCUUUU